AUGGCGAGUGGAGAUAAUUAUUUACCAAGCGGAGAUGUUCUUGAUGCAAUCAUUCUCAUUGGAGCAGUUUUAGCUGAGACCCAAUUCAACAAGAUGGAGUCCACCGGGAUGGCAUUCCAUCUUUUCAGCUUGCUUUCUGUUAUUUUCUUCAUAUCUCGUGUAUUAAUUCUUGUAGUUGAAGCAAACUCUUCAGAAAAGUAUGAUGCGUUUAGCGCCAUAGCAUUUGGGUCAUCAGCAGUCUUUUCUAUUGUUGCAAUUAUACAAGCAAUUCGUUCAACUAUCAACAUGAAGUCUACUGGGGGAGCCCUCUUUUAUUCCAAGGAAGGUGAGAGAUUGGUAUUAGGGGGAUAUGCUGCUACCAUUGCUGUGGUUUUUCUCAUACUCCAGAUGCUAAAUAUGGCAAAAGACAAAGAUAACAUUAAGCGACGUUAUUGCAUCAACGGGUGCUUGAUAACAGUAGUAACCACAGCUUACGUCUACUUACAAGAGGAGACUUCUCAAGAGGAUCUGGUGUCAGUGGUUAUAUACCUUUCUUUGUUCGUUGCUGCCAUCCUGUUGGUUAGCAAUGUUUUUGGAAAGCAGAGUCCUGAUCUAAGGAACAAAGCUGGCUUAUGUUACUUCCUCAUCCUCUACUCUGGAUGCCUUAUUACAACUGUCUUUGGUAUAAAUGUAAUGGGCGACAAAGCUAAACUUAUUGAAAAACUUGCAAACAUGUUUGUUGUUGUUGAAAAGGUUAUAGGUUUGGCUAAAUAG